CAUCAGAACCGGAUACUUGUCUAGUGACCGUCUAUGCCAUCUAGUGAUGGUCCCGAUCGGGUCGGCCUGUCAGUCUCGAGCGCGUAAUCGAACAGUCCGGGUCAAAAGGCGUGCAGCCGGUCGAACGUGAUGUGUAUGUGCACCACAUACCUACUUUAAUUGUGAACGCCUUUCGAAAGUUUGGUGCCCGUAAUCAGAGCUUUCUAAUUAACGGCAUUGUCGUGGAAAAUAUCUGCAGGAUAAAUCAGGUACAAAUUAGGGUUCAAGGCUGUGAUCAAAAUCAUCUAAUUGCAGAGCCUGUGGGACAAUAGAGCCUUUGAGCAGUAACGUUCGGAUUGAACUCGAACAAAAGAAUACAGCGAGUGAAGACAAAUAAAAGUUGAAUUUCAAUUUCUGAAUUAAUUCCGUUGGAAUAAAUAACUUGCGUAUGUGCAGAAGGUUUGAAACAAAAUGUAAACCCAUCGAAAUGCGUCUGUCGUAAAUAGGCUGGUUUCGUGCGAUGUAAGUGCUGAUAGCCGAAAAGUUCUCGAAUAUUGAGGAAAAUUGAAAAUGAUAAACUAUUCCUAGGGUGGCCUUCAGUUCAAUAACAAAAAACAAUGUAUGGAAUAAAUUGUUUAGAAUAGUCUGGUGUAAAUGUUUGUACGCUUUGAUUGAAACGACAAUCAUUGGGCAGCAGGUACUAGAAUCGUGAUAGUGGAGGACACUUCGCAAACGAACGCGAGAAUAUUCCGACCUUUUGCUCCGCCUGAAACACUGCUGAACGUAGACGGUGCCUGUGCAGACAGCGUGUAUAGUGAAAUUAGGAAUCAAUUAACCUCUGGUGAUAGAUCAAAUGCGUGUAUUUUGAUAGCAGCAAUCACUCAUCGUACUUCGCAGUAACACUUAGUAAUGUGAUAUUCAAAAGUUUUUAAAUUUUCCUAAAAAAGCCGAGUCGUCCGAGUGCGAAUUCCAAUAAAUAAGCGCCAUGUUAUGAAAGUUGAAAAAAUAUUGUCAGAAUUAUAAACAAUAGAGCAAAAUGCAAGUGAUUAUUCUAAAGUACGUGCAGGUUCUCUGUAUAACGGUUUUCUUUUCCAACAACAUCAACUGCGACAAAUUGCUGCUUCACAACGAACAAGAAGAUCAGCACCUGUACCGAACAGGCUCGUGUGCAGCACAGUGUUUAACGGAACAAAGUACUACAAAAGUGCAGUCCCUGGAGUCCUGCUACAAAUUGUGCUCAGAGAGUCCUGUCGAGAAGGGACGGACACUCGUGCAAGGAGCCGGGCUAAGCUUCCACAUUAAGCUGAUUUGUCGUGAUAGUAAUAGUUUGGUAAUUCAAAUAUACCAAUCUCAGGGCGAAGAAGUAAAACUUAACUCAAGUGUAAUACAGAAUGAUCCGAAAAAGUCAAACAAAUCAAACAAGAAUCGAAUCGAAGAUUCAGUGAGUUCGUUCGGAAGUAAAGAUAUCGGAGGCAAAAAUACAGCGCGAACCCGAAGGAGCAUUUCAGCCAACAAAAACUAUACAAAUAAUGACGCUGUCGGCUUUGUGAUUGGUGAUAAUGUUACUGAAGACGAGUUUUACAAUAGAAAUAAGAGUGAUGCAAAUCGGAAAUCUGGGACGCGUUACAUCUUCUUGAUCAAAAUUCAAGAAAGUGGAAAAGAGUUCAGCGACAGAAUUGUUUACUUGAGUAACACCUCUAUGGUGAACAUAGAAGACUUAGCUCCAAACAAGCAGUACAACAUAACUGCAACGGUGCUUAGCUCGAACCAUGAGUACUUCUAUGUGGACAGGAAGCAGCAGUUUAAAACAUUACCAUUGGACUAUGUUCCGGGCAAGAUUUACACAGUCAAUGUCGUCAGCUUCAACACCAACCGGCUAAACAGCAGACGACUGGAUGCAACUGUUGCUUGGAAGCCAGCAAUUGAUCAAACAUGUCAUUAUGAGAUCCUGUGCUACAGCAGUGUUCAACCUGACUUCCAUCACAAACCAAUUGACGUGCAAAAGCCCGAAGAGCUUUAUCGAUAUACCAUACCCGCACUAGAACAUAGCAUGGAGUAUUCGAUAGCCGUUCGGGCAAAGAACACCAAAAACCCACAUCGAGAAGGUGGCCUCGAAUGGCACAUAUUCGUUACGCCCAGCUGUACCGACUGGCACAAUAAUAGCCGAAUUUGCGCUCCAGAAGACAUAAAGAACAUGCGCGUGAACUCCAAGUCUAUUUCUGACGACAAUUACCAAUUUAAUAUCUCGUGGGAUGAACCACAAAUUAUGCCCGACUACUACGUUGUGAAUCUGUUUGAUCUUAAUCCGGUCAUGGAUGGGGGAACGCCGAAUUCCUUUUCGCAGAAUGUCUCAGGUAACGCAACAAACUUGAUCAUCGAAAGCUUCCCCAUGCGUGGACCGCAGUACGAGGUUCUGCUAACCGCCCAUGCCAACAAUCGGACUUCGAUGGAACAAAUUUUAAAACCUUUACACGUUAGUCGUAUUGCCGAUCACUGGCAUGGAGGACAGCUGGCUGUAAUUAUUCUGACGCCCAUCUUGACGGUUGGAUUGAUAAAGAUUUUCGUGUCGCUUAUAUGUCGGCGCAGGGCAAAAAUGAAACGCUACGAACAGCGUUGUGAAUAUUUUAAGGAACUGGAACAGAAGGCUCCGGUGGAUCCAACCACUGAGUUCGACAUCAAAGUUAAGAACAACCAGGAGAUUAUCCAACCGGUUGGCUUCCCGGACGAUUUGAUCGCUCCAAUCAAUGAUGAAAUGGAAAUUAAUCUGGAUCAAAUUAAGUUACACGACAUAUUGGGUGAGGGGGCAUUCGGACUAGUCAAGAAAGGUAUCCUCAUCCAGCCCCUAGGUACAUAUAUCCCAGUUGCCGUCAAAAUGUUGAAAGAAUGUCCAAGCUUGGAGGAUAUCAAAGAGUUUCGCCGGGAAAUAGAAGUUAUGAAAUCGGUUGGAACUCACCCGAACGUGGUCUGUAUCGUAGGACACUACACCCAGAAUAUCAACCAGAUGAUGCUGCUGACGGAGUAUUGCAGCGAGGGUAAUCUGUUAAACUAUCUUAGAAACGAAUGGCACAAAGUGUUGCGCAAAAGGAACCGCGUCCGCCGUCAGCAGAAGCAGGAUUUGGCCUCGAAACCACUCGCGAUGCUAAGCGCGGAAGACUCGAUUCCAGGUCGAGGAGAUUGUCUUACCUCAAGUUUACAAAGCAAUAAAAAACCAGAAAACGCUUUCAAUCUGGAUACCGCCAUGGUUAAUGAUAAAAAAGCUCUAACGUACAAGGAAAUCCCCGAGCAUAACAACUCGCAGAAUACUUUAAUCGAAAAUCGACUGUACCAUCUGAUCGACUGCGACAAAUACGGUAGCCCGGGCCUUUGCACGAACGCUUGUAAAUGUCGGGUGGAAAUUCUUGACUUACAAGACGGCAUAUGCCAAAAUGCAAAGCAUUGCAAUAUCAAAAUCGAGGGAUGUGAAUGUAACUUAGAUAAACAGGCGAUCAAGAACUUUAAACUGUCUAAUUUAGUAGUGAAUCAGUGCUACUAUGACACAAACUGUGACGAUAGGGAUGCGGACAGUAGUUUUACGAGUACUCAGUUGAUUGAAUUCGCUCGGCAGAUCGCAGUUGGAAUGGAAUUUCUGGCACGUAACAAAGUGGUUCACCGUGAUUUGGCAGCUCGAAAUGUGCUUGUCUGUGAGAAUAAAACCGUAAAAAUUUCAGAUUUUGGUCUAAGCAGAGAUGUUUAUCAAGACAAUUUGUACCGUAAAACUGGCAGUGGAAAACUUCCUAUCAAGUGGCUCGCGUUGGAAUCCCUAACCCAUCAAGUAUACACAUCACAAAGUGACGUGUGGGCGUUCGGUAUUCUACUCUACGAAAUUUGCACUCUCGGUGGGAAUCCGUACCCUCUGCUGUCGACGAACGAUUUAAUAAUCGAACUCAAGCGAGGCUACCGUAUGGAAAUUCCCUCCGGUUGCAGCAGGGAACUAUACGACAUAAUGUUGUCCUGCUGGAAUGCAUUACCAAUUGAUCGGCCCACUUUCCCCGCUAUCCAGAUACGAUUAGAGGAAAUAAUAAGACAGAGUAAGGAGAGCAACACACCUGUGAUUAAUCUGCAUACUAUUAUUGAUUCCCAGAAUGUUCAGCAAACUUCGAGUGAACAUUCCUACUUAAAACCUGUAGAGUAUUAGGAGGACCUUUCGUGGUACGAGGCAGUUUUUUGUGGCCGAAAAACGGAUUCCUAUUUUAUCUCAAUAAUGUGACAGCAUGGACGAAACAUUGCAUGCGUGUUGAAAAUUGUAUAUUACAAUAAUUUUAAUAUAACACUCUAUUUUAAAUAACUUGUUUCACCUGAAAUACAUUAACGAAAAAUUUUGUGUGGAUCAUUUUGUU